AUGAAGCCAGUAGUCACGCCCGCAAAAGCCUGGUUUUGUACCGUUAUAUCAGCAUUUGGAGUUGUCAUACUGGGGGUUAUUGGAACACUUUUCAAACACAAUCAUGAGACUGUCAUGGGAUCCAUAAAUGAUCCUGAAGAUGGUGCAGCUGUUGCCAAAACUGUUUACGGAGCAGCAUUGUUGUAUUUAGCAUUCUUUGUGUUUUGCGGAGCCCAAUUGUUCUUUAUAAGCAGACAACCAUCAAUUCAAUUAUAG